GAUACCGCAACCCCACAUACACAGAAGAGGAAAUAUUGCUAUACAUACUUAACAAUGACAUAGACCUCACUAACUGCUGGUGCACCACAGACGACACACAAUUUAAUAAGAUACGUAACGGCCUUCUCCAAGAACUCACCCCACCUCCAAACAAAGCCACAAAGACCUAUAAGAACAGACACAGACACUCAUCUAAUUAAAGCUAAUACAGCAACUAGAACCGUUACCACAGAACAAUGCUAAAACAAAACACUAACACAACACAACUCACCACAGACAAAACACAACACUUAACAUGGACACAAUAACAAUAAUACAACAUAAUGUACACACUUGGAACACAAACAAAUUCCUACUCUCUAACACAUAUUUACAACAAAAUCCUGACAUCAUACUAUUAAAUAGCACCGGAGUUAAAGACACAGAAACUAUCAAAGUAUUUGGAUACAACACAUACAAAAUCAACAGUCAGAACACCCUACACGAUGGCUCUGCAAUAUUAGUUAAAACAAAUAUACAACAUAGAAUUACAGAUGACUUCGAUACAGAUGUACUUCAAGUAACUAUAUCCACCAUUACUGGCCCGAUCAACAUCGCCACAACAUACUUACCACCACGCAGACCCUACCUCCCAUUUACAGACUUUCAUAGAUUAGCCACACAAAAUGCACCAACCUACAUCAUUGGUGACCUAAACGCCAGACAUACAGUGCUAAAUUACAAUGAUUGCAACAAUGUAGGAAAAGCAAUAAAAAAAUUAAUUGACAACAAAAAACUAAACUACCAAGGCCCACACUUUCACACAUUCUUUAGUAGUAACAACACAUCAACACCAGAUAUCAUUCUUACCAACAACAAAACAUACCACAAUAUGGAAAUAAAACCGGGUCCAACCACAUCCUCAGACCAUAUACCAAUACUAAUAAAAAUAACCACACACGCAAUAAAAACAACCACUGCCCCAAUACCAAACUACAACGCAGCGAACUGGGAAAUGUUCACCCGAGAUACUGAAGACGCACACAAAAACAUAAACACAAACCCCUACAUGACAACACAACAGUUAAAUACAUCCUUACAACAAUGGACCAACACUAUAACAGACGCAAUGAAGACACACAUACCGCUGAAAAGAACAAUAACACAACAAAAAGCAUUAACAAAUCACACCAUCAAAAGUCUCACAUACUAUGCAGAGAACAUUACAACUGAAAGCAAUAUUUCAGGAUGGAGUCCUUUAAAAUACGCAACACUAAAAAGAAUAAAACAUGCCAUUAUAAAAGAAUGUAAACAUAUACAAAACAAGCAUUGGGAAGACAAAAUAAAAACACUGGUAGACAGACAUAAAGAUGCCAAGAAGUUCUGGUCGCAGAUUAAAAGACUGAAAGGCAAUCCUAACAACUUAGAGAAUUACAUAAUCCACGACAACGAAAAAAUAUAUAACACUGAACGACAAGAACAAAUUUUUAGAAACAUAUGGAGCAAAAAUUUUCAGAUAUCGCAACAAGAAAAGGCAGAAUUCGAUCAACACACAGACAAUAUCGUGACUCAAUUUCUUGACACGAACAUCGAGUUAUUCACACCACACCCACACGGUGACCCAGACAAACUCAAUGACAACCACCCACUCUUAUACAAAAUAACAACAGACACAACAAAACAUAUAAUAAAAACUCUUAAAAAUAACACUCCAGGUGAAUCAAAGAUAAACAAAACAAUACUACAAAACCUAUCUCCAGAAUCAACCGUAAUCUUAACCAAACUUUUCAAUAUAGCAUUAUCCAUGGGCUACUUCCCAGAAAACUUCAAACAUGCAAAGCUGAAACUUAUCCCAAAAGCCAAUAAACAACCCACAGACCCCAACAAUUACAGGCCUAUCUCCUUACUGGAAGUCCAAGGAAAAAUAUUCGAAAAAAUAAUCAACCAAAGACUACGCACCCACCUAGAAACACACACACUCAUUCCAGCAUCGCAGCAUGGUUUUAGACAAAACAAAUCUACAAACACUGCCAUAGCAACCCUCACCGAACUACUGGCCAAUGCACUUACAACAAAUAAAAUAACCACAAUUGUUACUCGUGACAUAUCUAAAGCAUUUGAUAAAGUCUGGCACCAAGGUCUCAAAUACAAACUCACAACAAUAAACUUACCGGACAAUUACAUAAAAUUACUAAGCAGCUUCCUGGACAGCAGAACUGCAAGGAUAACAAUUAAAACACACACAGGCCCACCCAUACCAUUGCUUAGCGGAGUACCACAGGGAAGUAAUUUAUCGCCAACCCUUUUCUCCAUUUACACCUCCGAUAUACCAUUGCCAGGCCCACAAUGCACAUACAUAGCCUAUGCAGACGACAUCACACAAAUCAUAUCACAACCAGGAAAAAGCAGGAAAUUCUUAGCACGCAAAGUACAAGCAGAAAUCUCAAAAAUAAACCAAUACGAGAACAAAUGGAAAAUUAAAACUAAUAUAAAUAAAUUCAACAUUUUUCCAGUAUCUAUAAUAAAAACAGAACCUAUAAAUGUUAACAAUCAUAUAAUACCAUACUCCAGCAAAGCAAACAUUCUUGGUUUAACAAUUCACAACAAAGGAUACACUCGACAAAUCACUAACAAUAUAGCAAAGGCCAAACAUGCACUAUACACUCUAAAAAGAUUUCAUAAACUAACCACUAACAUUAAACUACAUUUGAUUAAAGCCUGCAUAAUUCCAAUGCUAAUAUACCCAGAUUAUCCUCUGGCUACACUUUCAAAACAUGCAAUUAGCAAACUACAGAAAAUCCAGAACCAAGCCUUAAGAUUCGCAUACAAUGAAAAAUACCCAUACAGAAAAACUACUUUAGACCUGCAUCAAUUAAGCAAUCUGAAACCAAUAAACAUUAUAUUACACGAACGAGCACAGAAGACAAAAUACACACUUCAACAUAUACUACAAGACAACACAUACAUACAAACAAUAACAGAAAACCACAACAACAACUCGGAACACACAUGGUUCAAGAAAACGGCAAAAGCUCUUGAACGAGAGGUUCCACAACCACUUUACACAUAAACAGGGAAAAGAGAAGAAGAAAGAGGGAAGCAAAAACAAAAUAAACUCACGCACACACACAUAAAUACACCCACGCACACACAUGCACACGCACACAAAACACACACGCACUCACCAAACAACCAGUAAAACUAAAACAUAUAUAUAUCUACACACUGACACUUGUCCCUAAUCAAUAGACACACCUUGCACUGCGUCAAGGAGUACAAUUAAUAAGAACAGCAAGGCGUAUCGCCCGCCACCUUUCAUUCUUUAUCUGUACUUCACUUUCAUCCAACCUAUUAUUCCCUCCAACUCUCAACUCUACCCCCCCCCCCUAGUUUCACCCAAACUUUCUAUCCCCUCAAAAGAAAAGAAAAGAAAGAAAACGCACACUCGUUCUCACAGCAGUACGGCGACACUAUGCCUCCCAAAGCAUCAGGAAAGGCUGCCAAGAAAGCUGGCAAGGCACAGAAGGCCAUUGCCAAGGGCGACAAGAAGAAGAAGCGCAGGAGGAAGGAGAGCUACUCCAUCUACAUCUACAAGGUGCUCAAGCAAGUCCACCCAGACACUGGCGUGUCCUCCAAGGCCAUGUCAAUCAUGAACUCGUUCGUGAAUGACAUUUUCGAGCGCAUCGCUGCCGAGGCAUCCCGCCUGGCACACUAUAACAAGCGCUCCACCAUCACCAGCCGGGAAAUCCAGACCGCUGUCCGUCUUCUUCUGCCUGGUGAACUGGCAAAACACGCUGUUUCUGAAGGCACCAAGGCUGUUACCAAGUAUACCUCCUCCAAGUAAACAGGCGGCCAGUAUACUGCUGCCAGUAUAAAAUAAUACCCGGCUCCAUUGGAGCCACACUUGAAAAGGAAAAAAGAUACGAUAUAG